UGUGGGUACAGAGAGAGAGAGUGUCUAGACUCUAGAGAGAGAGAGAGAGAGGCCGUUAUGUGGGUUUUAUGUGCAUUGGAUCCUUCGCCAAAGUGGGUAUGAUCAUGAAGAAAAAAACCCACCUUCUCUCUCUCUCUCAUCCAAACCAAAGUCUUGGAAAAGCUAGAAUCGAAAGAGUGCACUUUUAAAAAAUCCAAGAGAGGGUGAGUUGGUGAUUAUGCUCUUUGACAAAACCAAUUCUUUAUAAUCAUCACGCAUCCGGCCCCCUAAAUUUCCUCUCCUUCAAAUCUAAGAGUCUCCAACUUUUACACUUCUUGUCCAUGUUUUCUCUCGUACCCUUUCAACUCCACAUACAAGGAUUUCAGUUCUUUUUCCUUCAUGGGCACCUUUAAGAAUCAACAGAAUCCCAUCGAAUUCAUGAAUUCUCCGUCGAGUGCGGCGUCGACGGAGAUUCAAGAAAAAGAUGAGCAACGAGAGCAAGAGGUAGGAAAACACGAGAUCUUAGUUUCCUCACUGAGGAUCAAGACACCGUCUAGAGGAGAAAUCAAGAAGGAUCGUGAGGACGAAGACGAGGACGGGUUCAGGACUCCGACUUGUUUGGAGCAGAGAAUUCCGUUGGUUCCCCAGUGCCCGCCGGCGCCAAGGAAACCAAAGUCAACUCCGUCGAGGAAGCGAAAAUGGGCUUUUGGAGGAGGGAUCAUACUCGACUCGUCGAGCGAGGUUGAAGCUUUGUUUCCAGCUUCUUCUCUUGUGGCGGAUCUUGGUGGUAAGGUCAAGAAAGUUAGAAAAGUAAAUUAAUGGUAAAUUAGGGAGCGUUAAUUAUGCUAUGUGUAAGCUCAAACUAUGCGGAUUAAUUAAUUAAGUGGGUUCUGUUUCCCCACUAAAUCGUUUUUUUUUUUUUUUCUAUAUAUGGUACAAAUAUGUUGUUAUAACGUCCA